UGUAUCGUACUUUUAAAUGAAAUAUCAAAGCGUAAAAUUAUUUGUUAUCUCUGUUUACUAGAAACAUGGCAAGUUCUUUGGCGUUUUAUGAAAAUGUGGAUGGUUACAUCUCGAUAUGGCUUUACGUGAACUAUUUUGUGCCGGGAAGAUUAAAACUUCACACGGAAUUAUACGAAAUAGAUGCAAAUAUUUUGAAGAAAAUCGUUGAUCAUUCGGCGUACGAACCCGAGCUUGCGGAAGUUCUAGAAGGUUCUAGAAGGUGGCUUACGGAAGGUCCAAGGAGAUGGCUUCAGAAAAGCGAAAUGCCCUUCCCUGGUUACUGCAGGUCUCCGGCCAGUGGGAAGUGUUUACCAGUUUUAUGCAACUGUAAAAAGCUCGAGGAAAUAUGGGAGAAGAUUAAGAAUCGUCUACCAUACGCAGAAAAUAAAUAAAUAGGUUAUUUUAUUUAUAUCUAGAUAGGCAGUAGGUUACGAAUAACAAAUAAUGCAUAUGAGACAUAAAAUAAAACAAUUUUUGAAGUAA